AUGGCCUCCAAGGAUUUUGCAAUAGGCAUGAUCUUAUCUCAGAUCAUGGUUGGAUUCCUGGGGAAUUUCUUUCUUCUUUACCACUAUAGUUUCCUUCAUUUCACCAGAGGUAUGUUACAGUCCACAGAUCUGAUUCUCAAGCAUCUGACCAUAGCCAACUCCUUGGUUAUACUCUCUAAAGGAAUCCCGCAAACAAUGGCUGCUUUUGGGUUGAAAGAUUCCCUCAGUGAUAUUGGAUGCAAAUUUGUGUUUUAUGUUCACAGAGUGGGCAGGGCUGUGUGCACUGGCAAUGCCUGCCUCCUGAGUGUCUUCCAGGUCAUCACCAUCAGCCCCAGUGAAUUCAGGUGGGCAGAGCUGAAGCUACAUGCUCACAAAUACAUCAGGUCUUUUAUCCUGGUCCUGUGCUGGAUUCUGAACAUGCUGGUAAAUAUUACUGUUCCUCUACAUGUGACUGGCAAGUGGAACAGCAUAAAUAGCACAAAGACAAAUGAUUAUGGAUAUUGUUCUGGAGGAAGUAGGAGCAGAAUUCCACAUUCAUUACAUAUUGUCUUGUUAUCAUCCCUUGAUGUUUUGUGUUUGGGGCUCAUGACCUUGGCCAGUGGCUCCAUGGUUUUUAUCCUGCACAGGCUCAAGCAGCAGGUCCAGCACAUUCAUGGGACCAACCUCUCCCCCAGAUCCUCCCCUGAGUCCAGAGUCGCCCAAAGCAUCCUGGUCCUGGUGAGCACCUUGUGUUACUUUACUCGCUCUCCUCCAUCUUUACAUAUGUCUCUUUUUCCUAAUCCCAGUUGGUGGCCGUUGAACGCCUCUGCACUGAUCACUGCCUGUUUUCCCACGGUCAGCCCCUUUGUGCUCAUGAGCCGCCAUCCCAGGCUGGGCUCUGCCUGCUGUGGAAGGAAUCCACAGUUUCCUAAGCUGGUCAGAUAG